AUGUCUGCGCUCAGUAAGUACUUCGAUCAAGCGAUCUCAGGUGCGACCUGUCGGGAGGUACUACAUCCAGGUCUCGAAUGUGGGCAAUUUGCGCGCCAAAACUUCCUUGGUUCUAUCGGUUCGAAUGUGCGGUUCUUCCUGCCCAUCUCUCUGCUGCGGUUACUACUGUUGGUGUAUGGCCGGAAAGCCUGCUCCCUGGGUGUGUUCCGUCAGACAUCUCGUGAACUCGCUGCCAUGGUGCUGAACGCGUUAUGUGUGGCCAACUGCUGGACGGGGACGUUCUGUCUGUUGACGAAACUCACUGGACGUAUCAUCAACAACUACUCUGUCUCAAUGGCACCCGUGUUAGGGUCAUGUGCUAUGUUCUUCAUGCCAUCGUACGUGCAGACAACCCACGCCAAAGCCAUCUUUGCGGCGAAUCUCGAAUGUUGGAUCAAAUCCCGCGAGAGCGGGCUGUUCGAGAGGAUGCGAGACUCGCGGACGUUCGGGACCGUGUGCUUUAUGCUGCUUAGUGCUGGAAUCGCGCGGUACGCCAGCAAAACGCACCAUCGGUCGGAGUUUUGGUUUUUUCAACCGCUUAAACGCAAACAACCGGAGGAGAAGGUGUGCCAACAUUCAGAGACCUCCUGUGCGCGUUACGUGCUAAGUGGCAUGCGGACGUACUUUACGUUUGGUGCGAUUCUAGAGCUAGCACGUCGUUUAAUCGUCUCCGUUGGACAACUCCAUCAAACACCCAUGCAAAGGAUGCGAGCUUUGUUGCGCAUCCGAUACAGAUUGAUUCUCUUUCUGACGCUGUACAAUGGAACGUUCCGGCUGGUGACGUGUCUCCUUGGCCGUUACCGUCAGCAGGUGAAGGAGUAUGACAACACGAUUGCUGGCUUCGCGAGUGGGCUUUGGUACUACGUGUGUCCAAGCUAUAACAUCUUCAACCUUGCUGUAUCUGCCCUGACACAGACCCAUUGGAACUUCCUGAUGGAGCGCUACGCCCAGAUACCGAUCGUACAGCAGCUUGAUCGGGUGUCCUUUGCCUCGCUUGUAUGGAUCGUUUCGAUGUGUUACGUCACCUACUCCCGGGCCUACUAUCCUUGGGCAAUGUCAAAGUUUGCGCUAAAGUUCAUCGAUAUCUGCUCCAACUACGCGUCUCGGACAGCCUCGGAAAAUUUCGCUCACCGAUUUUUAGCUCCACAUUGA